UAUGGGAGGGUGAUGGUGUUUACUCGUGCAGCGUGCGAAAAAGUUUGGAGUGUGAUCCGCGUCUUGGUGUCAUCCUCUUCGUCUCUCCUCCUUUGGCUUGUGACAGGAGUCUGCCGGAGCUUAACGUCGCUUUAAAUCCGUUUUUUGCCUUGGAGGAGUCAGUGAACAUUUCUAGCUAAGACACUAGGGGAUGUUACAGCAUCUUCUACUGCACCCUCCUGUGUGGUGUCCUCAUCUGCAGGCUGGGAUGAGGGGGCUCAGGGGCCUUUAUGUCGGGCUGCUGAAUACCUUCUUCUACACUGCAUUUGCUCUUUAUUUCCCACCUCAUGUGGAACAGCUGCCAACUAUCACCAGUCAGACCUCUGGCCAUCUGAUUGCCUUGCCGUAUGAUGAGAGCUUCCUAUUCAAGUGUGAAGCCAAAGGCAACCCAAGACCUACGUACCGUUGGACUAAAGACGGAAUGGAUUUUGACCCACAUAAAGACCCUCGACUCAAAACGAAAGAGAGUAGUGGGUCUUUUGUGAUACCUAAUGGUAAAGAUAUAGUGAAAUACCAGGGAAAGUACAGGUGUUAUGCCUCCAACAAGCUUGGAACUGCAAUAUCAGAGGAAAAAGAAUUUAUUGUGCCUAUGGUACCCAAGUUUCCCAAAGAGAAGAUAGAGCCAGUGGUGGUUGCGGAGGGAGAUUCAGUGGUUUUGGAGUGUAUCCCCCCAAAAGGGAUUCCACCUCUACAACUCUACUGGAUGACCAAAGAUCUUCGGCACAUUGAGCAGAAUGAGAGAGUGUCCAUGGCACUCAAUGGGAACCUGUACUUUUCUAAUACACUGGUGACUGAUAGCCACGACGACUACUGCUGUUUUGCCUCCUUUGCCAGGAUACGCACCAUUGUCCAGAAACCCAGCAUGGCCCUGAGGGUCAGAACAAUAAAUUCAAGCCAAGCGGGUGAUGGCAUCAUCAGUGUUCAGGAAAGGAAACCAAGAUUUUUGGUGCCCUCCAAUCAUAUGACAACCUACCUAAAGAAAGGAGAGGAGCUGGAACUGGAGUGCAUCGCAGAAGGACUGCCCACGCCAACAAUAGAAUGGGAGAAGAUGAAGGACAGCUUACCAAAGCGCGCAAAUGUCAUGAAGUAUGGAAAGCUUCUGACUAUACCAGACGUCACAGAACAGGAUGAAGGAAAAUACAUGUGCAAGGCCAAGAAUUCUCUUGGUGAAGCUGUCCAUCAUUUUCACGUUGUUUUAGAGGAGCCCCCCAGCUGGCGGGAAGAGCCAGUGAAGAUUCAGUUGGCAGAGAUUGGAUCUGACAUCCACAUCAAGUGUUCUGCUACAGGAAAACCACAACCCACAAUCACCUGGAAGAGAAAUGGACGGCUCCUGGAUGAUUUCCCUUCUACCAAUCUCAAAGUGCUCGAUGACAGCAUCAUCAUACAUAGAGCCGAGCUGAGAGACACGGCAGUAUACCAGUGUGAGGCCUCCAACAAACAUGGGACCCUACUUGCUAAUGCUAACGUCUUAGUCAUGAAUCAUCCCCCUUUGAUUCUGACGCAGAAUUAUCUGGAGUAUGCAACCAUGUUAGGGAAGAGUGUGAUUAUGGACUGCAAAGUCUUUAGCUCUCCAACAGCAGCCCUUCAUUGGAGAAGAGAAGACCCAGAGGGCUCAGUAGAUGGGGAGAGAUUUUCUCUCCUAAAGAACGGCUCCCUGCAGAUUCAUAGAGUUGAGAUGGAAGACAUGGGCCAGUACAAAUGUUUGGCAAACAACUCAGAGGGCACCGCAAGCAUCACCACUGAACUUUUCAUUAAAGAUUCAACUAGAAUUGUGGAACCUCCUCAAGACAUAAAGGUCAGAAGAGGAUCUAUGACAGAACUGGAAUGCCUGGUCGAGUGCGACCCAACCCUCAGAAGAGAGCUGGAGAUCCUGUGGCUGAAGGAUGGGAUAGAUAUCCUCUCUAACUACACAGAAGACUCAGGAUAUAACAUAGAUGUUGGAAUUCUCCAUAUUUUCAAUGUGAGCCACAGUGAUGAAGGAAAUUACACCUGCAUUGCUCGAACAUCACUGGACCAAAAUACGGCUUCUGCAUAUGUAACUGUGUUAGAUGUCCCUGAUCCACCGAUACAACUGGUGCUUUCUGAUCUGAAAGAUCGCAGUGUGAUGCUCCACUGGUUGGCCUCCAAUGAUCAUAACAGCCCUAUAACAGAGUUUAUCAUCCAGUAUGAAGAGAACUACUGGGAGCCGGGCAAGUGGAAGGAGCUUCUACGAGUCGCCAGCAGUCAGUACUCAGCCCCCCUGAUGCUACACGGCCACAUUAACUACCAGUUCAGAGUCAUCGCUGUCAAUGCUAUGGGGAGAAGUCGUCCCAGCAUGUCCUCUGAAAGAUAUAAAACACCUCCUUGUGCUCCUGACAGGAACCCAGAAAACAUUAAGAUUGAGGGUCUCCUGCCACAUCAAAUGGACAUCAGCUGGGAGCCGCUUUUGCCUGUGGAACACAACGGUCCCGGUCUGGAAUACAAACUGAGCUACAGGCUCCUGGGUGUUGAGGACAGUUGGAAAGAGCAGAUGGUGAAGCGACACUCAUUUGUGGUGUCAGACACCCCAACAUUCGUCCCCUACGAGAUCAAGAUCCAGGCCCACAAUGAACAUGGGUGGGCUCCAGAACCCAGAUUGGUGACUGGUUAUUCUGGGGAAGAUUUGCCCUUGGCGGCUCCAGAGAACGUAUCUGUGGAGGUGUUGAACUCUACACUGCUGAGGGUCAGCUGGUCACCAGUGCCCAAGGCUGCUCUAAGGGGUCAUCUCGGAGGAUACAUGGUGCACUGGUGGCAAACUCAAAGUCUGUUGACCACUAAGAGAAUCCCCUCAGAGAGACAGACUCUCAGCAUCCAUGGGAACAGGAGUCACACCAUGGUGCCAGGACUGAAGCCAUUCUCUCAAUAUAGCCUGACUGUCAACGUCUUUAACAGGAAAGGGGAUGGACCCAGCAGCAGUCACAUCUCUUUCACAACUCCACAGGGAGUUCCUGAGCAACCUCCCAUACUGCGAGCCACAAACUUUCAGAAAAAUUCCAUCACGCUAGUGUGGGCGCCUCCACAUGAAGCCAAUGGCUUUCUCACGGGUUACUUACUGCAAUACCAGACAAUUAACGAGACCCUUGGCAAACUGAACUCAGUGAAUAUUAGCACUCCAGAAACGACACAGUGGGUGUUGCUUGAUCUGGGGGAAGACAACUGGUACAAGUUCUACCUGAGUGCAUGCACGGAGGUGGGCUGCGGGUCAGCCGUCAGUGAGGAAGGAGGCACCGUGUCUGAAGCGUGGCAAACUUUCUCUUUCUCCUCACCUAAUACAGUUACUCCUUCUGUCAAUGCCACCUUUCCUAUUUUAGCUAUGCUCAACAUAUCCACCUUUAUAAGUGACACCUUUGUGAGAAUCAGCUGGAGAACCAAAGGAGAACAUUCUGAUUCUGAGCUCUAUGUUGUAGUAAUGAAUGACCGUGAUGGGAUCUGUCAGGUUUCAGAUGCUGUAAACACAUCUAAAGGCUUCCACCUCAUUGAAGGUCUCAGCCCAGGAACUAUGUACACAGUGCGGCUGCUGGCUUCACGCAGGGUUGAUGCUUCUAGUAUUUUUGAGGAGGUUUUCGAGACUAAGAAAGUGUCCAGUAAACAAGCCUUGCCAUCUCAGGAGUGGUUUGUGGGGAUGAUGUGUGCAAUGGCUAUACUAACUCUAAUAGUCCUCAUCGGCUGUUUUGUGCUCAGGAACAUAGGUGGCAAAUAUGCAGUGAAGGAAAAAGAGGAAUCUCCCUCUGAUCCAGAAUCUCGAGCCAUGAGCGAAGAAACUCCCUGCGAAUACAGUGACAGUGAUGAGAAACCUCUGAAGAUCAGCCAACAAUUGUUUGUGGGAGACUUCAAAGAGGAUGAUAGCAGUGAGGACAGCUCUGUAAUAUCAGAAGACAAGGACUGUGAGUUCAAUGAAGAUGGCUCGUUCAUUGGCGAGUACUCAGAUUACACACGUAGGGUGUCCAAGGAGGUGAACGGACACCGCUCAGUGACUGCUUAAGAUUUUGGUUCGUUCUUAUGGACUUUAAACAAUUUGACAGAGAAAAAGAAAAGUGUGCGUGGUGCACAGUGAAUGUGCCUGUUUUUUUAAGAGUUUGCCGUUGCAUGAAGGGCCACCUCUUUACAGUGUUAUUACGUAAAUUAAUGACAGGUUAAAGAAAAAGCUAAAUUCUGUCAUUUACUUAGCCUCAUGUAAUUCCAAACCUUUCUUUCAUGGAACACAAAAGGAGAUAUUAGAUAUUAGCUGAAUAUUUCCAUACAAUGAAAGUGAAUGGUGACCAGUGGGUGUCAAGCUCCAAAAAUGACAAAAGGCACCAUCAAAAUAGUUCAUACCACUCAUGUGCUAUAUGCAUGUGCCAUAUACGUUUUCUAGAGCCAUACAAUAGCUUUGUGUGAGGAAAAAAAUUAAAUUUGUUGAAAUUUUGUUCACUAAGUUACAGCCAUCAUAUCUCACUCAUCUUUGAGUAUAUUCAAAUAUGGCAUGUCAAAACAAACAUGUCAUGCCCGUUUUGACAACAAUAAUGCCAAAGGUAAAUCAUACUGGUUUGGAAUGACAUGAGGGUAAGACAAUAAUAAUUUUUUUUUGUCCCUUUCAUAGAGGUUAUUUGUUUGUUUUAUAAAACAUAAUUGGAAGGCUUGUCCAACAAAUCAAACAAGCAUACAGAAAUGACUGGUUUGUGCACCUUAGAAUUAAUGUGGAUUGCAAGGUUGGAUUAGGUAAUGUUUUUGCUUUUCCUGCUGAAGAAAAAUAAAUAAUUCACGGCCUGUCACAAGAUAGAUGUCUUGACAGCACAAUUUUCGGUUACAUGUUAGCAUGUGUGGGCAAUCAUGUAACCUAUCUGCACACCUCUCAGCAAGAUAUUGACACAGAAACAAAACAAUUAUGUUCAGACUCUUCUAUAUAUACUAGAAAACAUAUUUCUGUUUAACCAUGCAUUUGAUUAAAACCGACAUGCUAUGGCACAAAAAAAAAACAUUUAUAUGGAAAAGGUCAACAUUGAAUGGUUUGGUCUAUAUUUUUGUCCUUUGCACUAAUAGGAAAAAUUCUACGAAUGUGUUCCACGACUGAUACCUGAGUAUUUUAGAGCACAUAAACUGCAUAUCAGCCAUAAAAAGGUUUACUGGCAAUUUUAAUCUUAUUUGCUUUUUUUUAAAAAAAAACAAUGAUUCAAGUAUGAUAUAGCUCAUCUACAGUGUACAGUAUAUUUUUAUACAAUUCUUGGAAUGUUUUUAUUUUGUUUCCCCUUCCAAAGUAUGAUUUUGAUCAUUUAACAACAAGAAGAGUUUGUCUAUCACAAUGCAUUAAAAUCAAAAAAUGCGACACUCCCCUUAAUGUAUUUAUUAUUACUGUUUAAAGAACAACCCUUCUGCUAAUAUAUGAGAUGAUAUUUUUUUUUUUUUAAGAUUUAAAAAAAAAAAAAAAAUAAAAUCUAAAAAUGAUUCCACUGUAGACGUAGUUCCUGUUUAUUUUAAAAAUGCUCUUCUGUUGCACUGUACAUACUAUAGAUAACAGCUUUGUUUUUAUUUCUCUUUUUGCUUGUGUUUUUUGCAUUUCAUUCUGCCUGAAAAUUUUAUUGCUUUUACUAAAGACUCUUUGUCUCACUUUGUCAUAGAAUAUUCGGUGCAAAAUAUUAAUUCACACGGUAUUACAAGUACUUUGCAGAAAUGAGGAA